CAAAGUUGAAUGCUUCAAUGGCGUGCCUCGUCUCCAUGGCCUUCUCUAUGCCUCUCUCUGCUUCACACACCUUCACUAAUGAAGUAGCUCUGAGAAAAUCAGGUCUGGAUAGAGUUUCAAGCCGAAGAAUUUCCGGAACAGCUGCAAAGCAUUCUGCCUCCUGCAAUACAAAUGGAGCCAUAUCAUCUUCGAAUCGAAGCUGUCGACAUCUUCUUUCAACAACCGCAAAACCUCUCUGUGAAAUCUUGUAUUCUCAUAUGAAUGUAGAUUCUUGUAGCCACAUGAUCAUACAUGGUUAUUGGGAAGGACCUGAUAUUGAUGAUGGUUGUGGUUAUGUGGAAGCUUUUGUUAAUCAAAUUACUUGAGAAGUUUUCUUCCCC